GUGAAAGGAAAUGGAAAUGGUCAACCAGAGGUUCAUCCUAUAAAAGCAAAUAUCGUUCCUUAUAUUUUCCCACUGGCAAUGCGUUUGGUAGCACUUCACAAGGUCCCAUCUUCAACAUUUAUUCUUUCAGACUCCAUCUUGAUCAUGUGAUAUUAUAGAACUUCAAAAUUGACACAAUGUUAAAUCUCCGGAGUGAUUGUAAGAUCUUCUAUAUUGGAGUUUGAUAUAAAAAAUGUGCCAGCAAGGUAGCAGACCCUCGAGGAUCAUGUCAGAGUCAAUCACUAGUAGCAGCGGCAAGAAGCUUAUUCGGAUUGAUGUAAGUUCAGACACUGUAUGCCCAUGGUGCUUUGUUGGCAAGAGAAAUUUAGACAAAGCUGUAGCUGCUUCUAAAGAUCGGUUUGAUUUUGAGAUCAAAUGGCAUCCAUUUUUUCUUAAUCCAUCUGCCCCUAAAGAAGGCGUAAAUAAGCUGCAAUAUUAUAGGGAAAAGUUUGGAUCUCGAACUGAUGGAAUUAUAGCUCGAAUGACUGAGGUUUUUAGGGGUCUUGGUCUGGAAUAUAACAUAUCUGGUCUCACGGGCAAUACUUUAGACAGCCACAGGCUUAUAAAUUUUGCUGGGCAACAAGGUCUUGAUAAGCAACAUAAGCUUGUAGAGGAGUUGUUCCUUGGUUACUUCACACAGGCUAAAUACAUUGGCGACAGGGAAUUUCUUCUGGAAUGCGCUGCAGAGGCUGGGCUAUGGGGAGCAGCAGAGUUCCUUGCAGACCCAAAUAAUGGAGUCCAGGAGGUCAGCGAAGAUCUCGAGAAAUACUCAACAAACAUCACAGGAGUUCCAUACUAUGUGAUUAAUGGGAAGCACAAAUUGAGUGGCGGCCAGCCCACAGAAGUUUUCCUGAGAGCUUUUGAAGUUGCUGCAAGUUAAUAUUGAAAAUAUUUUCAUUAUACAGCAAAGAUAUCUUUUCCUGUAUUGAACAAUAAAGGAGGGUUGACAUGUACAAGUACCGCUCUGUCCUGCCAUUUAUUUGUUUACUUGUACCUUUAAAGAAUACUGGUAAAGUUUAUAACUGAUGUUGGUCAACACAAUAUCAAGUUUCAGAAUAAAUGGCGCUUUGGGAUUCUUAUAA